AUGAAUAUAUUUAACUUCACGAGGAUGGAAAAGAAAAAAAACAGUGAAACUGAGCCGGUGUGUGCGAGAAAGGGAAGAUCAUAUGACAGUUCAAAUGACGAAUGUAGUAAGUUAAAAAUAAAAGGGGGGCAAAUAACACCCAAACGGAGUGAAGCAACGUGUGGGGAUACUCCAAAUGCGGGGUGCACAAAUGGACACUCAUUAAAUAACAUGCUGAUGAGAAAAAAAAUCGAAAAUGUGCAUAAUGAUGAAUGGAAAAUAAAACAACCUGUCUUAUUCUGUGACAAAUCAGGAAAUCAUAAAAAAAUGGAUGUACUGAUAUACCCAGUUUGUGAGCAUAAUGAGUUUUAUCAUUUAAAGGAACAAAAGGAAGGUCACCCCCCAGGGGAAGGCAAACAAAUAUGCACACAAAAUUUUGUUCAGAAGGGGCGUAUAAAUGAAGCUAUUUUUACGUGUGGAAAUAAUCACAAGUUGGAAAAAGACUUCAUCGAGAAAGAAGGCGAAAAAAAAAAAAAAAAAAAAAAAUUCCUCCGCGACAGAAAUGUUGUCUGA